GACCCCUCCUCCACGCCGCCACAAUGCCCGCCAGAUCGGGUACAUCGUCUUCCAGCAUGCACACUGCGACUUCGUUUGGUUCGAGUUUCCUGGAUGCUUCUCCGACACGCCUAUCGCCGAACCGAAGCAGCCUGCGCCCUCACCGCGAGUCCCUGAAUCGCGACCCCUACGAAAGUCCGAAUCGGAAACUUGCCCUCGAGUUCAACCUCCGACUUAGUAUCUCGGACAGCCAAUUCAAUGAAAAGCUCGACCAAGAUGCAGCCGAGCGGGCCAAGCGACACGCCGAACAACUGGCCUACGCGGCCGAGGAACACGAGCGCGUUUUUCGCUCCGCAAAGCUAGAGAUUGAGCGACUGGCCUUGGAAGAGGAACAGGCUCGUCUCCGCCACGAGGAAAACCAGCGGAGGGAGAUUGAGCGCCUGCGCGAGCAAAAGGCUCGCGAGGAGGAGCAGGCCCACCGGAGAGCUCUCGAAGCAAAGCAGCGUGAAGAGGAAGCCGCCCGCCAGGCUGCCGAGCACCAAAAGAAGCUUCAGGAGGCAGAUGCAAGGAUCAGGGCUCAGAGGGAGCAAGAGGCUGCAGCUGAACGGCAGCAAAAAGAAAAGGCAGAGGUCGAUCGAAAAGCUGCCGAGGCCGCUGCUGCUGCUGAGAAAGCUCGCCAGCAAGCUCCACAACAACCAGCACCACAGCCCACCGCCGCCGCCGCCGCGCCUGCCCAAGUAGCUGCGCCCAAGCCAGCGACCAGUGCCCCAGCGCCAACCAGCAAUUUUGAGCAAUUGCACAACCAAUACCUCCAACUCCACCAGCGCAUGAAGGAGUUCCGCAAGGCAUUCUGGGAGGAACACAAAAAACCAUCCUCGCCCCUCAAGGGUCCAGUCGGUGACGCUCGGCGCGCCCUCCGCACUCGACUUGGUCAGAUCAACGUUGAGCGCAAAGACAGCGCCGCCGCCAUCAAACGGCUCCGAACAGAGUGCUUUGACGUCGCCUUGGCAACACCAGGGCCCAUGAUUGAUAUCCGCCCAUAUAUCGUUUCGCAUCAGAUCCCGCAACUAGCCAACCAAAACGACGCCGCAUACCCUGCUUUCCUGCUUUACGUUUGGAUUUGUUUUGAAAAGUUCCUUGUCAAACAAUUCGAAAAGGAAGCGGCAAACACAGACGGCCGUAUCAUCCAAGAGAUUGGCUUAAUUGCAGCCAGUCUGUUUGGUGAUCAAAAGUACAUGUGGAACGGCCUUCCACUUACUGAUAUCGCCCUAGCCAAGUUCCACAAGGCCUGUCCACCUCUAUUCGGUAUUCGUGGCACCAUGGAUACAAAGGAAGGCCGGUUACGAUUAGGAUGGAGGCCAGACUCUACCCCAGAAUCAUACUCUCAGCGUAUGCGCGGUAUCGGCGCCGGUUAUGCGUCCAUGUCUCUCCGCUCAUUUGCAUCAAAGACCCCUGCGAUAGCCACAUCAGAGUACUGGAGAGCGAUUGUUUCAAUCUGCAAUACUCCACCCGACCAGCUCUGGCCUGGCCAUUUCGCCAUUCUCAGCGGCCUGAUUCGCGAUUACUACAAAAAAUUCAUCCAGUUCUACGGUGUCCCUGCUCGCGCUGUGCUACGUCGCGCUGUCAUCGACCUUCCAGCCCGUGCGCCUCCGCGUUGCAAAGACGCCGCUAGCACCAUUGCUGUACUACACGAAAACUGGAAGAGAGAGAACCUUUCCUUGGAGUAGAGCCAGGUUUUUUUUACACAUUACGGAGAAAAAAAAAGGAUUGGUUUGGGGAGAUUUUUUGAUUCCGGAUUUGGCAUGCGUGCCUCUUUUGGGUGGGGGCCUUUUGGUUCAAAUUAUGCAUUGGGACCGGCGCUUUAUUCAUACAUCAGCCGUGAAGGAGCUGUUGUAUCUUGCUUUCUUGUUUCUUAUGUUUUCCAUUGAGAUUUAUACAAUGAAACGAGGGUUUUCUUUUUGCGCUGCAAGAGGGCAUUACAUAGCGUAGCCUACGCGGCCAUACACUUUAUUAAGUAUGGAUAACUUGAAAUGAAUAUUUUUG